AUGGGAACCAUAUGUCGAUACUAUGAUGAAGGACUGGGAACUUCGGUAUCCAGAAGGUAUCUAAAAAAUCUGGACGAUAAGAUAAGGGAGUUAAAACACGAGAUAGCCAAGUACGAAAACAAAAUAGAACGGAAGAAUCUGGCACGCUCUAGCACAAGCAGUGAACAGGAAACCAAGCAGCUACCUGAAACCUCUGUAAGCUGUGGAUGCUUUAUAGAAGGGAACAAGGAUUCUUAUUUUUUUGGGCCGGGCUCGGUGGUCUCAAUGGUUCACUCGGUGUCAAAGGUGUUGAACCUAACUGUCGAAACAAGUAAUCUCAGCUCCAUUGACAAUUAUACAUCAUUUCCGCAGAUAAAAGUCCCAUUUGACUUUUCCAUAAUUGGCAACGACCAGUCCAGAUUGCUCAUUGAGAAUUACCUCAGUAAAAUUUAUCCUGUUUUUCCAUUGCUUCCAGAGAGCUUCUUCCAUUUUGAGGUCAUGAUUAGAAAUUACCCUUCAUACGAGCAGUUGUUUGUGCUGCUUAUAUUUCUCAUCUCUGCAACUCACCUAAUGCGGAAACGAGUAGAUUUUGCUUCCAUCAAGAUAAUGCUUCAACAAAAAGUAGCAGAGCUCAUGAAAGACAAAUUGAGAGAUUCCGAUGGUGACACUCUUCUCGCUUUAGUAUACUAUGCUGUCUAUGAAAUGUUGGAUCCAGAAGCAGGCUCGCCAGUAUGGAAGACCCUUUCCUUAGCAUGUGGUUUGGCCGAAAAAUUGAGAUUCUCAAACACCGGGAACCAAGGUCCGAUACCCGGAAGAGUGUGCAAACAAGUCCCUCGGAUUAAAUUACUGAAAGUGCUUUAUGAGCUUGAAACCAGUGUCUCUCUCUGUCUAGGCAGACCACCUUCAAUUUAUUUCUCGAGAAAUCAAAUCGCUCGUCUUGAAAUUGACGAUGGUAACAACAGGAUGGUUUUUGUCGAGCUCACAAACAGGAUUGAUCUCUUUCAAAACAUUUAUGGGAAGCUCUCUGGAUGCCCUAUCUGCCGGGCUGAAGCACUGAUUGGGCAACAACUGGAAACAAAAUCCACUCAAUGGCUUACUGCUUGCUCGCUGCUCACUCAUAGCUGUGCUCAGUGCGAAGGAUCUAGCUUUUACUUGAAUGUUUUGCAAUCUAGUGUUGAAUGCAUCAAAAAUGCAAGCCGAAGAGCGCAAAAGUACGCCCCGUUAUGUUUUUGGAUAGAAGUCUCCAGCAUUACACUUUCUUUGCUGAGCUUGUUGAUCAUUACCAAGCUUCAUCAUGAAGUGCUAGAAGAUUCCCCUUUCCAGGGCAAAAUUAUUGAUGCCAUCAGCACUGGGAAGCAGCUACUUGUGAGAUAUUCAACUUUCUGGCCGAAUUCUCAAGUAUUACUUUCGUUUGCAGAAUUUGCAUUGGAAAGCAUGAAUGUCUGUUAA